AUGUACCUGGCUGUCUUUCAGGAGUUCGCCCAUCCCGACGUGUUGGCGCGGGUCGAGAGCGAAGGCAUGUGCCGCGUCGACAAGGCUUCGGGCCCGUGCACCUUGGCAAAGUCUGAUGAGGAGCUCGCAGCGGUGCGCAGCAACGCCAAGUUGAUCAUUGACCCUGCAAAAACCAAUGAGGCGGCUGUGGAGGUGACACUCAAGGCGCUGUGCGGACUCGGCUUCACCGUAACGCACCGCCACCCCGUCACGUCGGCGGGCUGCCCGAUGCGGGACCGCGUCAUCCUGUCCUACACGGCGUGA